AGGAGGACGAUUUUGGAGAAUGGCACCAGAUUAUAGCAAGUAAAAAUAAGAGACGACUUCGCCUUCCUUCUUGGAAUGCAAAGCUAAASCAUCUUUUGAUCAGCAUCAUAAAUUAUGGCUGUUUGCUCUCAAAGUCCUUUGGAGCUCCUCCAAGGCGUUUUUUGCCCUACUAUCGCAGUGACUUGUAGCGAAGAUGCUGAACAAGUUUGUAUGAAAAACAAGUUGUCUUUUGUGGAGAUGACACGACCAUUUUGUCAGCUUACUACUGAAGCACAUGUGAGAGACCCAUCUGGUGCUGUACACACUGUUAAAAACUGGAAACUCCGUCUUCUUGAGGUAUCUGCACCACACCCACCACAUCAUGUCAUCAAUAAGCUCCUUCAUGAAGUUGUAGCAAGAACUCAACCAGUAAACACAGAACCCAGCAGUUACCAUCCAGAAAACCAAGCGAAAGCAUCCACUCCAUGGUUUGAAGCCUACAGGGAUUGCUUCUUUCAGUUGCUCAAGCCAUCGGAUCAUGAAUUCAUCAGGCAUUUUUUGGCUUGUGUUUUUGUUGUAUCAUCUCAUCAUGGUGAUCCAAUGAAUGCAUUUGCAACAAUGACAUCACAACAUCUUGACCAGCAACAAACAUCCCCUAAUAGUCAACUCAAGUGGUUUAGUACUGGUAUAUUUAGAUACUAYGUUCUUCUACAUGAUGUCUGUGAUGGUGUUGAGUCCAAAUUAGCUAUAUUUUUUUUCAACAGGCAGCACAUGUUUGCUGUGAGAGCAACUCUGCUUAGUACUGAGGUCCUCAAAGCUAAGAACAUUACUGUAGAUGCUGCUAUGCAGUUCAUGAGAAUGACAGGCGAGGAAUCUGAUCUGCUUUGUGCUUUGCUGUUGGAGCAAUCUGCACAUUGUUUCCUUCAUUCUAAUCCCAUUAUGGUYAGAAAAUAUGCCUUUAACAUGAUACUAGCAGGCCAUAGAUUCAGCAAAGCUGCACAGAGAAAGCAUGCUUUGAGAUGCUAUCAACAAGCUCUUCAUGUUUACCAAGGCAAAUCAUGGCAUCUUGCUGARGAUCAUAUUAACUUCACACUGGGACGUCAGUCAUUCAACCUCAGACAGUUGGACGAUGCAUUAAAAUCUUUCAGACAGUUACUGGUGUAUGAAAGUCAGCAGCCUCCUCAACAACAAGCAGCCUAUCUUAGAGAAUUUUUAUUUGUAUUUAAGCAAUUGUUAGAAAACAAAGAUAAAAACAAGACAAAAGAAAAAAGUCUACCAUACCUACCCCUACCUGUAGUAGAUUCAAAUGCUACUCGAACUAUACUCUCAUACAGAAAGGACCUUAUAUCAACACCAAACACUGAAGCAACUACUCCUAACUCUCUUAACCAAGAUCCUUUUGGCUUAUUUGGCGAGARUGAAGGCAAGUCGUCUGCACAAUCCUCACAGGUUACAGCAAUAGGACUGGCAUCAUUUGAUCACAAAUAUGACAUUAACUUAGCACAACAAUGGAGAGAUUUGGAGGAAGAAAUGUAUGAAUGUGUAAAUAUAACRCCAGUCCCACCAUUCUUUAGAACUCAUGUACAAUGUUUAAGUUCUUAUACAAAGAAUAACUUGAAGCCUUACUGUGUAAUAAAUGAAACUGUAGCUGUGGAAGUCAUUUUUUAUAAUCCUUUACAAAUCCCACUAAAUUUGACUGAUCUGAUGUUGACCUGGAAAUUCACUUCAGAAGAUCAACAAUCAACAAUUAUUAAUGAGUUUGAAGCCCAUGAUGAUGUGGUUAAGACGGAGGUCAUCAGUACGUUUGAGGUUAAAGGUGGUACAAAGGAAGCUGCACGUCUCACCUUGACACCCUGUUGUAUUGGUGAACUUCACAUCAAAGGGAUCAAGUACAGYCUUAGUAGUAUUGCUAUUGGAGGUCCUGUGGAAGAUGUUCUCGACUCAAAGGAAGCCCAUCCUACUGUAUCUGCCGUCAGUAUGUUGGGAAAACUGGAUCUUGAUAUCUUAGGACCACGUUUAAACCACACAAAAGCUGAGAAAACAAGUGUCACACAUGGUCAGGACCAUCGUUUGAACUUACUUGUAGCACCACCCAUGCCAUUACUAGAGGUACAUUUAUUGUUACCUAUCAAACUAAACUUACUUGUAGCACCACCCAUGCCAUUACUAGAGGUACAUUUAUUGUUACCUAUCAAACUAAACUUACUUGUAGCACCACCCAUGCCAUUACUAGAGGUACAUUUAUUGUUACCUAUCAAACUAAACUUACUUGUAGCACCACCCAUGCCAUUACUAGAGGUACAUUUAUUGUUACCUAUCAAACUAAACUUACUUGUAGCACCACCCAUGCCAUUACUAGAGGUACAUUUAUUGUUACCUAUCAAACUAAACUUACUUGUAGCACCACCCAUGCCAUUACUAGAGGUACAUUUAUUGUUACCUAUCAAACUAAACUUACUUGUAGCACCACCCAUGCCAUUACUAGAGGUACAUUUAUUGUUACCUAUCAAACUAAACUUACUUGUAGCACCACCCAUGCCAUUACUAGAGGUACAUUUAUUGUUACCUAUCAAACUAAACUUACUUGUAGCACCACCCAUGCCAUUACUAGAGGUACAUUUAUUGUUACCUAUCAAACUAAACUUACUUGUAGCACCACCCAUGCCAUUACUAGAGGUACAUUUAUUGUUACCUAUCAAACUAAACUUACUUGUAGCACCACCCAUGCCAUUACUAGAGGUACAUUUAUUGUUACCUAUCAAACUAAACUUACUUGUAGCACCACCCAUGCCAUUACUAGAGGUACAUUUAUUGUUACCUAUCAAACUAAACUUACUUGUAGCACCACCCAUGCCAUUACUAGAGGUACAUUUAUUGUUACCUAUCAAACUAAACUUACUUGUAGCACCACCCAUGCCAUUACUAGAGGUACAUUUAUUGUUACCUAUCAAACUAAACUUACUUGUAGCACCACCCAUGCCAUUACUAGAGGUACAUUUAUUGUUACCUAUCAAACUAAACUUACUUGUAGCACCACCCAUGCCAUUACUAGAGGUACAUUUAUUGUUACCUAUCAAACUAAACUUACUUGUAGCACCACCCAUGCCAUUACUAGAGGUACAUUUAUUGUUACCUAUCAAACUAAACUUACUUGUAGCACCACCCAUGCCAUUACUAGAGGUACAUUUAUUGUUACCUAUCAAACUAAACUUACUUGUAGCACCACCCAUGCCAUUACUAGAGGUACAUUUAUUGUUACCUAUCAAACUAAACUUACUUGUAGCACCACCCAUGCCAUUACUAGAGGUACAUUUAUUGUUACCUAUCAAACUAAACUUACUUGUAGCACCACCCAUGCCAUUACUAGAGUGUGUUAUGUUAUGGUUUGUGUUUCAGGGCGAGGAAGCAAGUAAACUUGGUGAGUUAUGUGUAGUACAGGUGACAUGUGCCAGUAGAAGAUGGCAGCUUCAUCCUCUUAGUCAUCAUAAAAAAGAUGGUCUUGUAUGUGUGAGACCAGGAGAAACUGUCAUGACGCAAUUUAAAGCUACUAAAUACCGAGACAAACCUACAGAUUCGCUGGGAUUUAGUCAUGUUGCUUUCACAGAUGAUGUGGYUGAUUGUUCCGUCAGCCCUGCUGUAGAUUUCUACUUUCGUUCACAUACAUGGAAGGAAUUACUGACUAGUGAUGAUUCUAUGCUUGAUGUUGGUCUUAUCGUCUUUUGGAAGACAUCAUUUAUAGAUGAACAUUUUACCAAGAAAACAGUCAUGGGUCAAAGCCAUGCGUCAGUACGUAUACUGGCUGAGUCUGUCUCAGCUGUUCUGCCUCAGACUGUUGAGCUACCUCUACAGACCAGCAACCCUGCAAGCAUAGACAGUAGAGAAUUACUCUUACAGUAUUCGUUGAAGCAUUCAUCGUCAAUACGAAACGAUUUCGCUAAAAGCAGACUUGUAAGCAUCCCCAUCGAGCUAUUGGUGUACAACUGUUGCAGUCAAGAUGUUCAUGUAUUUGUUGAAAGAGCCUCGAGUGAACCAACAGGUCUCGACAUCUCCCAAGUAACGACGACACUUGAAGCUGAUGAUUCUGAAUACCGACAGUUUACAUGUUCGUUCGUUUUGGUCGGACAGACGUCAAGAAGACUUUGGAUUAAACCUAAUACUACGUUAUCAAUCGAGCUUAAAGCACUGAUAUCUCUACCUGGUGUUUAUAACCUUAACCAAUUAUCAGUAUACGCUGCACUUAAUGACUCAAUCAAACAAGACUUUGAUAUCAAUACAAUGACACUUCAGAAGCCUUCUCCUCCGAGUUUUAUUGAAGUAGAAGACGCUAGUCAUACAUACAGAACUUCUACCGAUGAACCUAAUACAUUAGGCGAUCUAUGAAGACAUCCGCGYAUAUGUGUUGUAUCACCUUACAGAUCAUGCAAUCGAACCAUACCUGUGCGUGCUACAAACUGUUAUUCGUGGUCUACAUGGUGAUAUAUGACUGCAGACACACCAUAUCUGCAUCCAAGAAUUUUAUCGAACUAACAUUAAAUUUUAAGAUUUUAUUGUAGCGAUACCACGAAUAAUAGAUAGACGACUGAUAUGGUCAGGGAAAUGUAGCUUGUAAUGUUAGUAAAGUCUUGCACAGUAAGAAUAUCCUUAAUUGAGGACGUUAAGCCUGUGAAUCGGGCCGUGAUAUUCCGUCAGACAAAAAGAAUAAAAAAAUAGAGUGAAGUCAUUCAACCCGUGAAACAAAACUUUUCUAUUAUAGAUAGUCAAAUAGACAGAAAAGAAAGCAAUUGAAUUGGAGCGUAUUUUUAGUGUAAAAUCAACUUCACGGUUUUUUUGUCUUCACUCUAUAAGUAGCAUAUCUAUAACAUAGGUUUAGUCCUCCCCUACUACCAAUCACCGAACAUCACCAGUACCCCAGUAUGGGUUGGGCUUACGACAGUGACAUGUCGGAGUCAUGCUUUUUUAUGCCGAAUUUAAUGAAUUCAAGGUCAUUUGCGGUAUCUUGUCAUAGGUCAAACAUUUUCGAAUUAAAGUGUAGAAUAUUAAGAAAUAAAUGAAAAUCCAAAAUUUGCUGA